AUGCUGGUGAGGGCGAGCGGAGCGGGGCCGGGCGGGCGGCGGGGGCUGGGGCGGGGCGGGGCGGGCGGCGGGCCCGGCUGGUUCCCGCUGCGGCGGGCGCUGCUGGCGGUGCGGGGCGGGGAGGCGGCCGCGCUGCUGCAGGGGCUGCUCACGCAGGACGUCACGCGCCUCCUGCCGCCGCCGGGGCCGCCGCCGCCGCCGCGCGCCCUCUACGCGCACGCGCUGAACGCCCAGGGCCGCUGCCUCUAUGACCUCAUCCUCUACAGGCUUCACGACAGUGCAGAAAAAGAGCCCCACAUCCUGCUGGAGUGUGACAGCGGCGUGCUGGAUGCCGUACAAAAACAUCUGAAACUCUACAAGAUCCGGAGGAAAGUAAACAUUGCCCCUUGCCUUGACCUCUCUUUGUGGGCUGCCAUCCCUGGGGAGCACGCUGGAGACAUUGCCAGUUCCCUCACGAAAUGUGCAGACCAGGCUCUGAUUUUAACUCCUGACCCCAGAACAGAAGUCAUGGGCUGGAGACUGAUUACAAAGAAAGGAGCAAAUCCAUCAGAGAUUAUCCCUGGGAGUCAUAUUGGAAAUAUUGAGGAUUACCACAGGCACAGGUAUAAACAAGGAAUUCCUGAAGGUGUGAAAGACCUCCCUCCUGGAGUAGCCCUCCCACUGGAAUCAAACCUGGCCUACAUGAAUGGCAUCAGCUUUACCAAAGGCUGUUACAUUGGUCAGGAGCUGACAGCCAGGACCCACCACAUGGGUGUCAUUCGCAAACGUCUGCUGCCAGUCCACUUUUCAGCUCCUCUUCCCAAGGACAGCAUUCCUGAGGGUGCAGAAAUCUUAACUGAAUCAGGAAAGUCAGCUGGCAAGUUCCGAGCUGGAGGAGGUGAACUUGGUAUAGCUCUGCUGAGGUUAGCUAACAUCAAUGAACCACUCUGCUUAAAUGUAGGAGGUGAUAAAGUGAAGCUCACUGCAACUAUACCCGAGUGGUGGCCAAAAAAUGCCAGUAAGUAAAUGAGGAACCACCACUUGCACAUUUGCCUUAUUGAGAAUAUACUUCCUGUGAUAAGUUCGGGAACGGCCUUCAGCUGUUUGUGGUGUUUGAUGGGCAGGGGCAUUAGAGGAUUCUUUAAAUCAUGACUAAACAGCAGGAACCAGACCCAGCAGUGGAUAUCCAGGAGGAUCAUCUGCUAAGUGUUGUGAAGAGGCUUGUACAGCAUAUGCAGGGAUGAGCACCUUUUCCUGAGGGUGCUCUGGAUUUACCUGGGGGAAGGCUCCACAUCGGGCUCAGUGUGUGUGCAGACUGAAGCAAGAAUUUCCCUGUUGUAUGCACUGAAUGUUUCUGCUCAGAAUAACCAUUCUGUGGGCUGAGAAUGUGUUUGUUUUUUAAAAGGAGAGCGUGCUGCUCCAACCUUGCAUAGGAUGUGUCCUCAGGCUCAAGUGUUCACUGCAAAUUGCGCUUUUAAUUCAGCUGCUGCUUAAACUUGCCGCUUGAUUGGGUGUUUUUUUCCUACCACUCUUAACUGCUAAUUGUGCUCAGGAAGAGGAAUACCUUAUCAUCUUCAUUUCAGACCUUGAUUUUAGUAAGGUGGGAAAGCUCUCCAACAUCCUGGGUCCCUGCUUCAGCACCGACAGAGGGAGCACAGCCAGGAGCAGCCAGGUUCUCUGCCACUCCUGACCUCAGUCACACAUGCCUCCUUCCCUCAAAUGACUGUUUCAGAGAGGAAAGUGGUAUUUCACAGAAAGAAGGUGCACUGGUGCGUGUCCUGGUGUGGCUAUUGUAUCCGUGUACUGGUGCUUGGCAGAAUAAUCUCUUACUAGAAGCCCUCGCCCUCUGGUUGCCAACAACAGUUGAGGGGUGGAAUUUUUGUUGGCGUCAACAUCUUUGCUCAGUCAUCUUGUAGAAAAAUCCUCCGCUUUCCUGAAGCCUGGGGGGGGGGGGGGGGGUGACCUCGAUCCUUCCAGAAAGAAGGGCCAACAUGUCCCAUCUCAGACCUUGGCUCCUUCUCUCUGUGUUAAGCUGCAGUCCCUGGAGAAGGGGUUAGUGCCACACACACUUGGCUUAGCCUGGUGUUCCUGAGGGGGGAUUUUCAGCACAGUCGUUUUUUCUCUGGCUGCUUCAUCACCAGACUUGUGAGAUCUCUCUGUGCCUCUGGUACAAAAUCCUGUUCCUGCUCGGUCUCCAGCUGUGGUUUUCUCCAUCCACCAUUCCCUGGAUUUUCUCAGAGCAGCCCAGUAUUUCAGCACUUCUUGGCUGCUUUUUUUGGGCUCCUGCUGCUCUUCUGCCUUCAUGCUUUUUCUUGCUUCUGCAGUUGAUGUAUGUUCUUCUUUGCACCCCCAAAGCCAACCAGCUCUGUGCCUCCUAACCCUGUCAACCUGCAGCAACUUAUAUGAGCCCUGUGAAUUUUUGUAUGACAAUAAAUCCAUUGCACACCCACUCUUGAAACAGUGUUUGUGUGGGAGGGUGUGAUGAGAGACAUGAGCAGGUUAGAUCCCAUUCUGACCAAGAAAAAAAGCUCUCACAUGAGUAUUUGUAACAAAAACCAUCUGAAGUAUAUUCUGCUGCUGUUUCAGUGUCACUGUGAAAGGAAUUUAGCUGUGAAAAAAUGCCCAUUUUGGUUAAAACUCUUUAUGCUUGCUGUCAAAUUAGCUGGUGAAAUACCUCAUUAAAAGUUUAUUGUAUCGGGUAUUUACAUGUGACUUGUCUGAAAGGGAAGAGACGCUGCCUUUGAUUUACCCUGAACACUUUUUCUGGUUGCUUGCUGACAGGAUGUGAGUGUUACACUGUUUGUCACCCCUGUGUCAGGGUUGAGAUGGUUAUCGGAGCCUUUCUGCUGGAAAAAUAAAUGAAACUUUGCCGUUUGUGGUUCCUCCAAAUGUAACAAAGGCAGGACUGCGGUGCCUGCUUCUCCAGAAGCAGCUUUUCCUCUGCCAGCCAUUGUGCAAAACCCUUCUCAGCAUGGUUAUAUUGUACUUGUUUGCACGCAGCCUGAAUAAACACAUUUCUUCUGUUUGGGGAAGCCCUGCA